UAAGAAAAUGCAGACAGUAUUUAAAUGUGAAAAAUCAGAGAGUGUGACUGUGCGAGUAUUAUGAGUGAGUAGAGGUCUAAGGCAAAGAAAAAUUAUCAGUGAUUACAGCAAGGAGUAAAAAUGACCAGUAAGCUCUGGUAAUGUGUACCUGCCGUGUGUGUAAUGCGCAUGCGCUAUGUGGAUAAUGACAGUUGGGAUGGUGCGAGAAGUUCAGUAGGACGCAGUGAGUGACACUGCCCACGGGACAGAGACACGGGCGGACAAACCGUGCGACGAACCAGUCACUAAACCGGACUGACGACCCACAUCCAUAUAGCGAUGGCGGAUGAAGAACUAGUGAAGAAGAUGCUACGGGCAGUGCUCAUGUCCAAUAAUAGUGGGGUGUCACUGUCCCGUCUGCAGGUGGAAUAUAAAGACAUGACAGGUGAGCUCAUACCCUAUAAACAGUUGGGUUAUGCCACAUUGGAUGCCUUUCUGUACAACAUACCCUCAGUCAUGAGAUUAGACAAAGAGCAGUCUGGAGAGGUGGUGUGCCAUCCUAGGACAGGGAAUGAGAUGGCCCACAUUACGAAGCUUGCAGCCCGUCAGCGUUUAUCAAAGAAGACAGGUCGACCUCAGGUGGUGAACUGUCAAAUGAGAAUGAAACCUGCCGCUCCGCUGGUACUCAAUGCCAAGCCGAGGACAUCUUUGAGACAGCCUGAGCAUCGUGGACGUCUGGGGCGAGGUGGAGGUCGUGGAGGGGGUCAUGGAGACUAUCGCACUGGAAAUAUGAGAGACUUCCAACCUGAGGGGAGAGGUGGCAAACCCCACAGCACACCCCCAAAUACACCCCCAAGAAAACCCUCUAUUCCCUCGGAAAGAUCAGACAAAAGGAUGACCCUUCCCCCCAGAUUCCAGAAAGAAGUAAUUACCCACCUCUCCAGAAACCCGCAGCAGAGCAAUGCCUCAUAUAACCCGACUGAAAGCACAACUCCAGCAAAACAAAGAGUGCCUCAUACUGCGCCUUACAGUCCCAAACUGGUGCAGUCUCAUCUUAAAGAGAUUCUUAACAAGCACUGCAAUGGCCUCUGGGUAUCCAAGCUGCCUCAGCUAUACCAAGAGCAUUAUAAACAAGAUCUACCCAUUGAAGCCCUGAAAGACCUGGAACACUGGACUCACAUCUGUACUGUUGAGAAACCCUGCAUCAGCAAACCACAAGAGUUUCUGCUGUACCCUGCUAAAGAAAUGAACCAGAUUAGCACCCCACCCAAUGCUGCUACACCCCCCAAACAUGACACACCACCAUCCCAUCAGAAAACACCUCAUCAUACUCAAAAACCAUCUCCCACCUCCAAACCAAGAUCCCCUGCAUCAUCCAGAGCUCUACCUCCAGAUCUCAGACAGAGACUUGGAGAGCUGCUCUUAAAAUACAGCAGUGGUCUGUGGGCCCACGCUCUGCCUAAACUCUACCAGGACACCUAUAAAUCCAAGCUGCCAGAGUUUGUGCUGGAUAACCUCACUUUGCUGUCAGAUAUAUGUACGAUUGACUACCCCGUACCAGACAACCCCAAAAGAGCGAUUCUGUAUGCCAAAGUGGUGGAGGAUGAGAACCGUAACCAGUCUGGAUUGGCUCAAUUACAGACAUCAGAGCGGCGUUUAAGCAGUCAGACGGUGCCUCAUCUCAUUAUCCCUACAGAGGAAUAUCCAUCUGUCCUGGUGAUGGAAGCAGCUGACACUAAUAGUGUCAUUCUGAGAUAUAUAGGUGAAAGUUACUCCAAAGCCCAGGAGAAGAUGGAAGAUGAAAUGAGAGAGUUUUAUAGGAAGGACAACACCAAGAUGACUCUGAGUUCACCCUGUCCAGGUCAGCUGACUGCUGUACGUGCUGAGGAAGAGGAGGAGAUCCUACGAGCACAAGUGUGUGAGGUCAUGGCCGACAAAGUUAAGGUUCACUAUGUAGAUCAUGGUUUUUCUGAAGUCAUCAGCGGGAGCAAACUGCUCGAGUUACACGAAAAGUUUUUUAGAUUGCCUUUUCAAGCCACCAAAUGUAAACUGGCUGGCCUGGAGUCUUUUAGCCAUGAGCCGGCAGUGUUGAAGAGGUUCGAGUCUGUGGCCAGCGGUAAGAUUCUAUUGGCUGAGAUCGUAGAGCGGGAGGAAGUGCCUCUGGUGGUCCUGUAUGACACAUCACAGGAUGAUGACAUUAACAUUAAUGCAGCUUGUUUGAAAGCUCUGCAAGACAAAUCAUUAGAGAGUCCCCUAAAGGUCAACAGUGCUUAUAUGAAUGUGACUGUGACUAGUGUUUGCUCAGACGGGACGAUCUACUGCCAGGUGCCUUCAAGAGGUCUGGCUAAACUUAAUGAAAUUCUAGAGAAGAUCGAAAACUAUUUCCGAUCCCAGGUCACAUCAGAGUCACUGGUUUCCCAACCUUUUUGUGGCAAGAGCUGUUUGGCACGUUACAAAGGCAAAUGGUCCCGGGUGGAGAUAACAAACCUUCACGGCAGCCGAGUGCUGGACAUCCUCUUUGUGGAUAUCGGUGUUCAGGCGUCCGUUGAGGUCACUGAGUUGAGAGAGAUCCCUCCUCCUCUGCUGCGUGACAUCAUCUCCAUCCCACCUCAGGCUCUGAAGUGCUGUUUGGCAGAUCUGUCUGUAAGUGUUGGUUCAUGGACUCCUGAUGCUGUACAGUGGUUGAGAGACACCGUACUCCACUGCAGUGACUGCAGCUUAAAGAUCUCUAAGGUGGACGAGUCCAAACACCUUGCUCAUGUUUAUCUCUUCACCAGCAAGAACUUCCACGACACAAGCUGCAGUUUAAACCAACAGCUUGCUAACUCUGAUCUGUGGAACCACCAGAAGGAUGUUUUCUUAAGCAGCCACGGACCUUCAAAAUUCCCCCCGACAAACCCCGUCACCAUCCAGACCUCCAGCUCAAGCCCCAGUGAAGGAGAUAAAACUGUACACCCACUCAAAAAGAGAUCAUCCCCACCUGGAGGUCAGAGCACACCUCCAGGCUCCCCAACCAAACAUCUGGCUCUUCCUCCGGGGCUGGAGUUGCCCGAGGUUGGGCAGAACAUAGAUGUGUUUGUUUCGGUGGCCUGCCAUCCUGGACACUUUGUCCUACAGCCAUGGCAGGAUAUGUAUAAAUUAGUGGUUUUGAUGGGGGAGAUGAUUCUGUAUUAUAAUCAGACAGAUGAGAGGCCGCUUAAAGUGGAGAAGAAUCAAGUCUGCGCUGCCAAGAUGGAAAACAACUGGUAUCGCGUUCUGGUUAAAGGAGUUUUGAACAAUGGAUUGGUGUCAGUGUAUCAGCUGGACUACGGCAAACAUGAGCUGGUGAGAGGCACUCAGCUCAGACCGCUCACCCAAGAGUUCUGCCAGCUUCCCUUCCAGGCCAUCACUGCUCAGCUGGCCGGUGUGAAGUCCAGGCAGUGGUCUGAAGAAGCCUCCAUUGUCUUUAGGAAUCAUGUUGAGAAGAAGCCUCUGGUGGCCCAACUAGAAUCAGUGCAGGAAGCAUCACAGCCGUGGGACCGUAAGGUUGUCAUCUACCUUGUGGACACUUCACAAGAGGAAAGAGACAUCUGGCUGCAUGACAUUAUGGCUGAAUUUACAGAUGAGCUGACCAAUGCAGCAUAAAAACCUUAAAGGAAAACACCACCGUUUUUCAAUAUUUUACUAUGUUCUUACCUCAACUUAGAUGAAUUAAUACAUACUAGGGCUGAAACGAUUCAUCGAGUUACUCGAUUAACUCCAUUACAAGAAUUCCUCGAGGCAAAAAUUCUGCCUCGAAGCCUCGUUAAAUUCUUAUCACAUGGACCGUUGUUCAAUGUUCAGGAAGCACACACCAUAGCGUGUGAUACAUUUUGAAUUUAGUUGGCAGGAUGGCAGAGUGUAAAGAUGUCCAUAAACGGCAGAGAAUGUCUAAAGUUUGGGAUUAUUACAUUCUUAUCAUUACAUUACAUUCAGCAUCUGAACCAAAAACAUGUAACAUAAACCAGAUAUUUGUUGAUGUCAGGGCUAGAUUACAGCAUGAAACCUGUUGUAUAGGAAUGAAUGGGGCUAGGCUAAAUGCUAACACAUUGACGAGGCACUGUACAAAUAUUAAAAGUGCACGCAUUGAAAAAAGAUAGGGAUGUAUUAAUUUGUUUAAGUUGAAGUAAGAACAUAGCAAAAUAUAAAAAAACGGUGUUGUUUUCCUUUAAUAAUUACUAAGAGUGUUCUGAAGGAUUUAAAUACUUGUGGUUAUUAGUUGGGAUGGGGUGCGAUAGAUUUGAAGGUUUUUUUUACAAAUAUGACUUGAACAGAGUUCUACAUAGAAUUGUUUAAAUGUGAUUGACACUUUAAAGGAAUAUUCAAUUUUCUUAACAGAAAAAUCCAGAUAAUUUACUCACCACCAUGUC